UCAAUAUUCGCCCAUGCUUAUUUUUGGAACGGAAAACAAUAUAAAUUGUAUUUGAUAAUUCAAUUUGACAUUAGCCAUGGCAGAACUGGAUUGGGGAGCAGCUGUUGAUCAGCAAGAAGUUAGCCUUGUCUCCCAGGUAAAAAGUUUAGACAUUAAAACUUCUGAUGGUAAAGCAGUCGCUGCUCCUGCAGAAUCUGCUAAUACAGUCAACAGUGUUACAACAAAUGAUAAAGCCCCUAAAGUGACAGGGAGUGGAGAACCAGCAACAAAUAGUACUGUCCUUGAUAACAACAAUUCAUCAAAUACAGAAGGCAGUCCUACGCAUAAAGCUGAUGAAAAAUCAAAAGAAGAACAACUACGUAAGCUGGUGCAGGCUAAACUCGUCACAAAUGUACAUGCAGAUCUAGAAAUCCUACAGGCUGACCCUAACUCACCACUUUUCAGUGUCAAAUCAUUUGAAGCGUUAAACUUGAAGAAAGAACUGCUGCAGGGAUUGUAUGAUAUGAAGUUUAAUGCUCCAUCAAAGAUCCAAGAAACAGCUCUGCCAAGUUUGCUGGCAGAUCCUCCUGUCAAUAUGAUAGCCCAGAGCCAGAGUGGAACAGGAAAGACAGCAGCUUUUGUACUGACCAUGCUGAGUCGUGUAGAUACCAACAAGUCUUACCCACAGUGCCUUUGUUUAGCACCAACAUAUGAGUUGGCAUUACAAAUUGGACAGAACAUAGAACAGAUGUCAAAACACAUGACAAACUUCAAACUUGUUUAUGCUGUAAGGGGAGAAAGAGUUGCCAGAGGACAAAAAGUUCAAGGUCAUAUCAUAAUUGGUACACCAGGGACAGUGGCAGACUGGUCACUGAAGUUUAAAAGCUUUGACUUGAAGAAGAUUGAUGUAUUUUGUUUAGACGAGGCUGAUGUCAUGAUUGCUACUCAAGGUCAUCAGGACCAGUCCAUUAGAAUACAGAGAGGCCUAAGAAAAGAUUGCCAGAUGUUGUUAUUUUCUGCUACAUAUGAUGAAGAUGUGAUGAGAUUCGCUCAAGCUGUGAUUCCAAAUAACCCUGUUAUCAUUAAACUGAGACGUGAAGAACAGAGUUUGGACAAUAUUAAGCAAUAUUACAUUGAGUGUACGAAUAAAGAAAGCAAAUUCCAGGCAUUAUCAAAUAUAUACGGAUCCAUUUCUAUAGGACAGUCAAUGAUCUUUUGUGCCACACGACAAACAGCUCAUUGGUUGUCAGGAAAAAUGACAAAGGAUGGUCAUGCUGUUGGACUUUUGAGUGGAGAUCUUGACAUUGCACAACGUGCAGCCAUCAUCAACAGAUUCAGGGAGGGCAAGGAAAAAGUCCUCAUUACCACAAAUGUUACUGCAAGAGGUAUAGAUGUAGAGCAAGUGACAGUUGUAGUGAACUUUGACCUCCCCCUUACCCAAGACAUGAAACCUGACAAUGAAACGUAUCUACAUCGUAUUGGACGAACAGGUCGCUUCGGGAAAAAUGGAAUUGCUCUCAAUCUCAUUGACAACUCCAGAUCUUAUGACACCCUCAAAGCCAUAGAGAAAUUUUUUGGACGAAGAAUUGUUAAACUGGAUGCUGAAGACAUUGAUGAAAUUGAAAAGAUCGGCACGUAGGACUGUAUUUGACUUUGAGGAUUUUAGUACUAAAGCUUACAUACUGUUGUUAUAUCUGAGAUCUUCAUGACUAUAAUAAACAUGAAGCAAACAUGAAAUGUUUGGUGCAAGUAAAAGUGGAAAAAUGUUUUUAGAUAUUAAUGAAUAUUUUAAUUUGUUCUGAUAUGACAAUAAAUGAAAAAUUGGAUCCAUAAAAAUGCCAAACAUAGUGAAGAAUCAGGUCAUGAGAUACUGAAGACCUCAUUCCCUUAUACAAGUGAACAUUUAUUUCUUCAAUUAAUUAUUGAGAAAUUUUCUUACUCUGCUCAGCGUACAUGUACAGCAAGCAGCCUGUUGAAUGGCCCCUCUUACUAUUCUUGUUUGUUCAGAUGAUAGGGCCUAUAUAUUAACAGACUUCCUUCAAUGAGAUUUUUAAAUAUGACUUACAUUUUGUAGGAUUUCUCUUUCCUUCCGAGAUGUCUCCAAUUUGAUGAUUUUAUCAGUUUUUAAAAUGUUCUCAUUGUCAGCAUUAUUCUGCUAUUAUAAUACUUAUAUAUAUAUAUCAUAUAAGUGAAAAUGAUGUGUAUUAUCAAUAUCAAUGAAAAGAAGUAUGCUAGCCUCUGUCACAAUGUGUUCAAUGACUUCAAUAAAAAGGACCUGUUAAGUAAAACAAUAAUCUGUAUUGGAUGGGGAACAUACUGCAGCAUUGAACAAGUUUCUAGUAGAUUAGAUUUUGCUUUGUAUCAAUUCGUUAUUAAAAAAAGCUAUUUAUAAUUGUGUUUAAUUUCCGCUGGUAAGAUAUGAUAUAUGUGUUACACUGAGUUUCUCCAAAUACAUUGUAUAUGAUCAGAAAACUUCCUCCUUGUUAUUGAAUUAUUUUAUUAUAUCAGAAUUAUUUUAUUAUUGAAGUAGAAUUUAACCGAAGCUUGGCCGUUCCACACUGUAUAUACUGUAAAUCACUAUUAUUACACAUCACAUUAAUAUGUAAGGACAGUAAAUUACAGAAUCAAAUCUCUUGCCUUUAUUUUGAUUAAAUACCUCAGGAUUGCAUACAUAUUGAUUCAGUAACAGAUAUCACAGUCUUUAAAACUCCAUGUCUUUAAUAACUCCUCAUUCCCAAAUUCAAAGUUAUUUCUAGACCAGUGUUUGUGAAAUCAUUUAUUCACAAAUGUGUCUAAAAAGGUAAGUUUGUGAAGACUUUGUUGAAUCUAAGUGAUUUACAGUAUCAAGUCAUACUGUACCAGUAGUGUGGUUGUUUACCAGGUGUUAUGACACUGACACCAAACAUGUAAUCAAAUUCUUUCAGUUUGUAAUUGGCCACGGCAAGGUAUAAAAAAAAAGUGCUAUCUUUUGAUGGAAGUUAGUUCAUACCAUUUAAUGCAAUUGUGUUGUAUUUAAUUUUGUCAUAACAGAACAAUGAAAAUAAAAUUGAAAAUGAUUUACUUCAUAUCUGAAAUGCUAAAUGGUUGUAAAAACUAGAACACUCUGGAGGCAAUGUCAUUGCCCUGUGAUUGGUCUCUCAGAUAUGUAGAAACUGAUGUAGAUCUGACAGUGCAAUAUUUUUGUAAACAUUUGUUUGAUAAGACAUGUUACGUUCCCUGCUAAGUACUGUUUCCUUGGUUUUUAUUCACUAUAUGUAAUAAUUCCAGUUGAUAUCAGCUCUCUCUUUCAACAACUUACAGACAUUGAGCUUUUCAUCCUGUCAGAUUGGCAGUUUUGUUUUAAAAUGUUAGAUUUUGAAUGUUCAGUGUAUCUCAGUGCAUUGAAUAAACCUGUAUAUCUUCCAUGUUUCAUAAUUUAUGUCAUUUUCAAGCAACUCUCCUGAAAACUUUUAAUUAUUGAAAUAUUUUACCCAUUUUGAAAUGAAUCCAGUUUUUGUAUACUUAUUCUCCUUUAUUCUGAAGUCCAUCAUUCUGUUUCUAAAUUCUUUGUUAAACUUGUCACUGAAGAUAGUACUGGAAAUCUUGUCUUUAACCUGCAGACAGUUGUAUGUUACUAGCCAGUAAUAUUGAUUGGAUUGAUGAAAGCCUGUGUGGGUAUCAUUAUCUCUGCAUUUCAAGGGAGAUAAGUCUAACACAAGCGUAAAAUAUCAAAAAUGUCAAAAAGAGGAUAUUAAAAGUAAAGGUGAAUGAAGGAACCCUACAAAAUUUCAAAUAUGUAUGUUGAUGUUGAUGGACAGUAGAUCUUUUUCAAUAUGUGUGGCUACAUGUAGUCAAAGGUGAAUUAUACAUGGGAGUUUGGAUUGAAAUGGACAUUCCUGAUAAAAGAAUUUUUAUGAGUUAUAGCAAAAGGGUUUUUUACUUGUGGAAAAAGUCUUUAGUAAAACAAUCUUUAAAGACAGGGGAUUGAUGGGGUUUACAAGAUGUAUAGAAAAUAGACAUUCAUGUUUUGUUGCUUCUUGUUUAAAUCAAAUGAUUCUACGAAACCACAUUUGCACAACAAUUGUAUAUGUAUAAAUGUAAAUGUCCUGUUCAUUAUUUUUAUGUCAUGAUCAUCACAGACGUCAAUAAAGCUCUAAGUUGCAUGCA